UUGCUUUCUCGAAAGACAACGAUUCUUGUCGCAAAAGCUGCUUCCGCAAUUCACCAUCACGAAUGCCCGCUACGAAUUGAUCACGUAGGGCUUCCUUUAAAAAGUUGCCGAAUCUGCACUGUUGCGCCGCUGACUUAAGCAUGAUGAUGUACUCGUGGAUCUGCUAACUUUCCUGCAGACAGUUCCGGAAUUUAAAACGUUCCGCAACCACACUCACUACCGGACUCAAAUGCGCUUUUAAUAGUUCGCACAGCUUCUCAUAAGGCUUCAGACGCGGUUCCUCCGGAUCGCACACUUUGCUUGCAACCUUGUACAAGGAUGCUCCGCCUAACGUAUGCAACAAUCCAGUCUUCUUUUUUUGCUCGACGUCGUUCACUUCAAACAACACAUUUAUUCGACACAAAUAUUCCGUAAAGGAUUCGCCUAAAACGAAAGGCUCGACAGACCCGACUUAUUGUGCCAUUGUACUUUUUUCUUUUUUCUCGUCGCCAAUUUACUGUUGUGACCGAUCGCUUUGACUCUUUAUUCUAGACUGACCGCCGACCUUCCACUUACAUCUUAUAAUACACAUUAAAAUCUAACUCACUAAAACAAACAUACUAACACACAUUAUUUACUACUUCCAUAUACUACAUGUCCCAAGCACCGGUUAUGACUGCUGGCAUCUUCUGUGGAACGACCAAACCCGAAUCUGCAGAAGAAUAUCUUCGUCCAAUGGUGGUCGAAAUGAAUGAUUUGAUGCAGCGUGACAUAAUCGUUCAUGGAUGUCAUGUCGCCAUAAGACUGCGCGCAAUCGUGGCAGACACUCCUGCGAGGGCAUUCAUCAAAGGAGUCAAGGGACACACCGGAUACGACAGCUGCUUGAAAUGUACCGUCGUCGGCAAAUACAGUCAGGCAGGAUGUACAAUGACAUUUCCUGGUACAAAUGCUCUGCAACGAACGGAUAAGUGUUUUAGGGACAAUGCAUAUCCUGGACAUCGCAAGACGGAAACGCCGUUGGUGGAUUUGCAAUUCUUCAACAUCAUCAAGGACAUACCAACGUAAGAUCGACUACACUGUGUGGAUCAAGGUGUCGGCAAGUACUAUAUUUUAGGCUUUCGGGAUGGUACGUUGAGAAAGCAACGCUGGACGACAAAACAAUGUCUUCAAAUUUCAAACCACAUUGAACAGAUUAAGUUGCCGACAGAAAUUCAUCGCAAAAUACGUCCUAUCAAGCAGGCACAUUUUUGGAAAGCGUCGCAGAGCGCGUCUUUUCUCCAUUAUGCUGGGUUCGUAGUGCUGAAACCCCAUCUUACUGAUUGUGAGUACAGACAUUACUUACUGCUGUUUUGUGCUGUGACAUUGCUGUCCUCUUCAGUUAAUAAGGAGAAGUGGCGUUUUGCUGGCCAAUUAUUAAACAAAUUCGUUGAGGACUUUGCAAGUGUGUAUGGCGAACAACAUAUAAGCAGUAAUGUGCACAUAUUGCAACAUUUGUACAAGGAGGUGGAGCGAUUUGGACCUUUAUCAUCCUUUUCCACCUACCCAUUUGAAAUUCAGUGUAAAUGUUUAAAAAAAAUAUUACGUAGUGGAUGGAAGGAGCUAGAACAGGUAAUCAACCGACUUAUGGAAUAUGAGGAGUAUUAUAUAGGAAACCCUAACACAGCAUCAAAGCCCUCUAUUUCCAAACGAGGGAAUAUAAUAACAUUUAACCUCCAGAAAGAGUGUAAGCUUCAAAAUAACGAGAAGAAUUGUUGGUUUAUGAGCAAGGAUAGCAGUAUAUACCAAUUUCAAACAGUUAAUGGCCAAAUGGAAGAUGGCAAUAUGCGCAUUUGCCGGCGUAGGUUGAAUGAAAAAAACUUGGCUUUUGAUUAUCCUUGUGAGUCAAGUAUUUUAAACGCUUACAAAGGAUCCAUUAAAAAUUUAGAUUCGUCGUUUGUGUAUAUAUGACCGGGAUAAGUUAAAUGUGAAUUAGUUGCUAUACCGAGCAUUCGCGAUGAAACUAUUUCCUCUGCUGCAUACAUUUGUGGAAUAAAUUCAGUAAAAAAAAAACAAUGUAAGUAACAAUUGUAAAGGAAGUUAACGAACAGUUCGUUAGUUAGUACAAUUAUUAAGCUGGAAAAGGAAGGUAAUUAAAGCUUACAAAAUUUGCGAUAGAAAGAAAGUAUUGUUGUUCAGCGAAUACCAGAUAAUCGAAGCGGACUAACGAAAUGUAUAAUGUAGUAU